GAACAUGACACAAUGACUCAUAACUCGUUUGCCCUAACAGUCCCCUCCGCCAUAUACCAGACUACAUCGUUCUCACAGCAAUCAAGAACUGAGCUUCGUGUACAGAUUCAUGGGGAAAAAGAAGAACAACGACAACAAGCAACAACCACAAACCGAAAAACCACAGGAGGAACAGCAGACUGAAGGUAAAUUCUUGUUAGGCAAACCCAAGUUCAAAAAGCUCGAAAACGGCCGCUACAAAUGCGUCCAAACCGGACACGAAUUACCGGCCGAUGCCAGAGAAUCAUACGCACAAACCAAACACUGUCGGCUCGGUCUCAUCGAUUCCGCUUUGGCUCGUAAUAAGCCUCCCCUCAAUAUGUUCAACCAAGACCCUCUUUGCCGUUCUAAGUUAAUUUGCAAGCUAACUGGACAUACUGUGAACAAAACUGAGGAGCAUAUAUGGAAGCAUAUCAAUGGAAAACGUUUCCUCAACAUGUUAGAGAAAGAGGAAGCUGAAGCUGGAAAAGAAUCAUCAAAUGGUUUGGUGGAAGAAGAAGGUGUCGAGCAGAAGUCAGAAAAGGCUGAAAAGAGCAAAGAAGAAGGUUCAAAGAAAAAGAAGAAGAAGAACAAGAAGAAAAAAGAAAAGGAGAUUGAUGUUAGCAAGGUCAUAUCUGAAGUAAGGAAUCCGGAAGAACAUGAUAGUGACGCUGAGGAAGAAGAGUUCUGGAUGCCUCCAGUAGGAGAUCGUUGGGACUUUGAUGACGGGAAAGAUCGCUGGGGUUCUGAUUUAGAAUCUGAUGUGGAUGCAGAAGAUGAUGACGCAGAAGAUGGUGAUGCAGAUGAAACAGAUGUUGGUGAUGGCGAAGAAGAGAGUAAUGAGACACAGGAACUUUCUAAGAGGACAAAGAGAAUGUCGAUAGAAAUCGAACCAAGUGACUUGGCAUCAAAGAAGAAGAAAAAGACCCAAUCCACAUGAUAUAUUUCUCUAUACCGUGUUCAUGAGUUUGCUUGUUUGUUUUUUUUCUUUUGAACUUAUAGUUAAUGUUUUCCUUGAUGAAUUUGGUUGUUUGUAAAAACAAGUGGAAUGUUCCAUGAGGGAAUUGCACAAGUUUUUGGCAGUUGCUUGUUCAUCAAGAGACUUAUUGUUGAUCACAAAAAGAUUCUACAUCAGGUUUU